CAAGAUUUUAUUUAGAGCUAAUGUCUCUUAUAGUUUACGCAGCUAAAGUAAUGAAGUAAAGUUAUUUAAAAAUAUCUCAAGUGUCUAUUGUGGGUUUUAAUUAACUUGGAAAACAUGUGAAGCUUUUAAAAAAUAGAAUGAAGAAAUAGGAGAUUCUCUUUUGAUAAAAUGGUAUGAGGCAUUUAUUAAUAAGGUUUUUACUUUACUCUUUUAUUUAAUGUGAAGCAUUUCUAAUGUUAUUUUUCGAGCUAAUUCCUUUUGGGUUUUUUUUUCCAUUUUUUAUAAAAUUUUACAUUAUGCUACCUCAUUCAAAAUGGCAUUCUCUAAUAUAUGGAGUGUUUGAAAAAUUAGAAAUGGAUUAGUACACAAAUGUUUUCUUUAUAUACUUCACAAAGUUUAUUAAGUAUUUUUUGGUUCGAUUCUUAAAUGUAAAUAUCUUUAUUUAAGGAAUAAUAGUUAAUAGAAACUUGUAUUGAUAUUGUGAGAGUAGAGGAAUUACCAGAAUUAGAAAAUUAAGUGGAACGUAUAAUGCAAAAAAUUUUAAAUAAAAAAUAAUCCAUAGAGGUGACCAAAUCAAAAAUCAGAAUAAGAAACUCUGAGUAUAAAAAAAUUGAACAUAAAUCAGAAAUAUUAUCAGUUCAUGCAAGUGUUAAAGAUAAUGGCCGUUUUGUUGAUUAUCUUCUAUUGUUCAAUACAAAAACAAGUGAACUAAAAUUCAUCUGUCCUCAAAAUAAUUAAUGUGUAUAUUAAAGUAUCGUUAUUUCUAUAAUAAGGAAUCCUUUUAUCUAUUGAUAUCAAUUAAGAUAAAUGCUUAAAAGUAUUAUAUGCAGAGGAUGAUGGAAAUCUAGAGCUUAUGAAACUCAAAAAGACUGAUGAUAUUGAAUUAUGGCUUAAACCUGUUAUAGAAAUUUUAAUUUAAAAAAUUUCUCAAUUUGAGUGAAUAUUAUCAUAUUAUAAUAAAUAAUGAG